CUACAGUCUAUCGUCAUAACGAAACUGAAAGUAAACAUACCUGUAUAAGUACGGACACACGGCGCUUAUUUGCGUCAGUGGACAGACGGACACGGUGCUACAGCUCUCUCAUCACAGUUUUAAGGACAUCAGAAGAGAAAACGAGAAAAAUGAGUUAUGGAAACAUCAUGGCGGUUCACACUACUGGUGCUUCGACACAAACAUCUCAGCAGGACAGGCUGGGGUACUCAGGUGUGAGGGCAUCACAUGCCAUGGCAGAAAUUGAUGCAGACAGAAUGGAAAGGUACAGGUCCCAAAUCAACAAUGUGGGAGCUCAAUAUGGGAUUGCUCCAGCUCUCAUUGCUGCCAUCAUCUCCAGAGAGUCCAGGGCUGGAAAUGCCUUACAUAACGGCUGGGGAGACUAUGACUCAAGCAGAGGAGCCUAUAACGGCUGGGGACUGAUGCAGGUUGAUGUGAAUCCAAACGGAGGUGGACACACUGCACGGGGCGCGUGGGAUAGUGAGGAACAUCUCCGCCAAGGCACAGAAAUCUUGGUUUAUUUUAUCGGACGAAUCCGCAACAAAUUUCGAAGCUGGAGCACCGAGCAGCAGCUGAAAGGAGGGAUAGCUGCCUACAAUCAGGGCGACGGAAAUGUCCAUUCCUAUGAAAAUGUGGAUGAGAAUACAACAGGCAGAGACUAUUCCAAUGAUGUUGUUGCCAGAGCUCAGUGGUACGCAGACAAUAAAGGCUUUUAAAACCUCCUCAGCAGGAAAAAACUUCUGCAAAUCAUGAAGGAAACACUCCUACUCCUACUUAACUAAAUAAACAUAAUGCAAAGCAAAAACAUGUCUGUGUCUGUGUCUAUGAGUGUAAUAUGAAAAAAGAAAAUAAAACU